UAACAAAGCAAGAGGACCAAAACCACAACAAAACCAAAAAAAAGCCAAUAAAAGAACACAACAAAAGAGUGAAACCACAAAACCCUAGCAACCAGAUCCCCCAUCCCAAAACCUGCAAUCGCUACAACAUAACACGCUACUUUCUGUCCACAAAUCUUCAAUCGGAGAAAAAAGCUUCAAAUUCAUUCAUGGCGAUGUCGAAAUACGAUCUGACACCUCGAAUCGCUCCCAAUCUGGACCGGCAUCUCGUGUUUCCGCUGCUCGAAUUCACUCAGGAGCGUGAACUGUACCCGAACGAUCAGAUUCUCAAAGCGAAGAUCGAGCUUUUGAACAACACUAAUAUGGUUGAUUACGCUAUGGAUAUUCACAAGUCUCUGUACCACACGGAGGAUGUUCCUCAAGAUAUGGUGGACAGGAGAGUAGAGGUAGUUGCAAGAUUGAAGUCUUUGGAAGAGGCAGCAGCUCCGUUGGUCACUUUUUUGCAAAAUCCAAAUGCAGUUCAGGAGUUGAGGGCUGACAAGCAGUAUAACCUUCAGAUGCUUAACGAACGUUAUCAGAUUGGUCCAGAGCAAAUAGAAGCGUUAUAUCAGUAUGCCAAAUUUCAGUUCGAGUGCGGUAACUACUCAGGAGCAGCUGAUUAUUUAUAUCAGUACCGCGCGUUGUGCACCAAUGCUGAAAGGAGUCUUAGCGCGUUAUGGGGAAAGCUAGCAGCCGAAAUACUCAUGCAGAACUGGGACAUUGCUCUUGAUGAACUCAACCGUUUGAAGGAAAUAAUUGACUCGAAGAACUUUGCGUCUUCAUUGAAUCAAGUUCAAAGUAGGAUCUGGUUGAUGCAUUGGAGUUUGUUCAUCUUCUUCAACCAUGAUAAUGGCAGAACACAAAUUAUCGACUUGUUUAAUCAGGACAAGUAUUUGAAUGCUAUUCAAACCAACGCUCCACAUCUCUUGCGUUACCUUGCUACUGCGUUCAUUGUCAACAAGAAGAGAAGACCUCAGUUCAAAGAAUUCAUUAAAGUCAUUCAGCAAGAGCAGCACUUGUUUUCGGAUCCAAUUACAGAGUUUUUGGCAUGCGUGUAUGUUAAUUUUGACUUUGAUGGUGCUCAGAAGAAGAUGAAGGAGUGUGAGGAUGUGAUAAUGAAUGAUCCGUUUUUGGGCAAACGGGUAGAAGAAAGCAACUAUACAGUUGUGCCAUUGAAAGACGAGUUCCUUGAGAAUGCUCGUCUUUUCAUCUUUGAGACUUACUGCAGAAUACAUGAGCGUAUUGACGUGGGGGUGCUUGCUGAGAAAUUGAACCUAAACUAUGAAGAUGCCGAAAGGUGGAUUUUGAAUCUCAUUCGAACUUCAAAGUUGGAUGCCAAAAUCAACACCCAAACUGGAACGGUUGUUAUGGAACCCAAUCAUCCUAACGUGUAUGAGCAACUUAUUGACCACACAAAAGGACUCUCGGGUCGCACAUACAAGUUGGUUAGUCAGCUCUUGGAACAUGCUCAGGCACAAGCUGCUCGAUGAUUUUUGCUGGCAGCAGGUUUUGACUAUAUUUACUUGUUUUGUUAGUGUUGGUGGAUUUUUGAACUUAAGCAAUGAGCAGAUUUAUGUUUAUUUUAGACGAUCGAGUUUUUUACCGACAAUUGUGGUUAAGAUGAUGAAACGAAGCUGUUACUUUUGAACCCUGCUAUUUUUAUGUUCUUUAUUCUUGUA